AUGCUAAGAAAUAUCUCUCAUUCCAUAAGACUUUUUAGUUCUCUUGGCAAGAAAAAAGUUGUGGUUACAGGUGCAGGCAGAGACAGAAUAGGAAUAGUCAAAGACCUAACAGAAAUUAUAUAUGAAGAAGAAGGAAACCUAAUGGACUCGAAAAUGAGUAAACUCGGCGGCGAUUUUGCCGUGAUGAUGCUAGUUGAAUUUCCAAGUCACCGCAUUUCUGCCUUCAGAGACAAGCUUUCUCAAGCCAAAGAGUCUCUUGGCCUCCAUCUCAGCUGCAAUGAGGCGAUUAUCCCAAAAACCAAUACUCAUGAAGCUUACAAUGUGAAAAUCGAGCUAGAAGGCGCUGAUUCUCCUGGAAUUGUCUAUACUGUUUCCCAAUAUUUAAGCGGGGUUGGAGCAAAUAUUGAAAAUAUGAUCACCUCUAACGAGCCUGCACCUAUGGGAGGAACAACUUUGUUCAGAAUGGAAGGGACAAUUAAAAUAUCAGAAUUGGUUAAUUUCCAGCUAUUAAAGGAUAAAGUUAAGCAGCUUGAAAAUAAGCUUGGAGUUGACAUUAAGCUGGAAAGAGAAAAAGAAUAA